AUGUUCCUGAGCGGCACUUUCACCGGUGCAGCUGGUGGGUGGGCAAUUGUGGAGAAGGAGGCGUAUGCAAUUGUUGAGACGUUGGUCCGUGCGGACUACCUCCUCCAUCCCGCCGUAGGUUUCAAUUUGUACACGGAUCAUCGCAAUCUGAAAUAUAUUUUUAGCCCAACAUCUGUUGUGGCAUCUGUGCCCAAGUACACGGCCCAAAAGUUGGAACGGUGGGCCCUGCUGCUGAUGGGCUACAGUAAUGUCAUCCAUGACAUCCCCAGCAUUGGUGCCAUCAGCCAGCAGCCACUGCUGAUUUCGCCGUUGCGGGACGAAAAGUUUGUUUGGCCAACAUUUGUGUCCAUCGCCGAAGCCCAGGUGGUCGCCCCUGACGACGUCUUGUCGAGAAUGACCAAGAGCCUGGACGCCGUCCACCUGGUGGUGCUGGCGUCUGGCCAGGCGUGGCCUCUACGUCUCGUCGACGACGUGAUCUGGGUGCCCGUCACCGCCGCCGAGUUGCAGCUGCGAUUGUGCGUGUGUGCCCAUGCAAGCAUGGAGUCGUUCUGCCAGUGGACCGGCAUGAAGGGCGAUGUCGAAUUUUUUGUGCGUCGGUGCCUACAUUGUACCAGUGCAUCUGGCGGUUCGCCGCACCCGCUUGGCGAGGCCCUCCACUCGACCACACCCAAUGGACUGAUUCAUUGGGACUUUGUGUUCAUGGGCGUCUCGAAGACAGGCGACAAGUACCUGCUGGUAGUCAAGUGUGACGCCAGCAAGAUGGUUUGUUUGUUCCCGGCUCCCGAGGCCACGGUGCGUUCGUUAAGGACUGCCUACUGCAGUGGUUCGCCGUGUUCGGCGUGGGCUACGAGUGGGGUCUCCGACCAGGGGACCCAUUUCAAGAACCAAGUAGUCGCGGAGCUCCAGCACGUGCUGGGGGCUCAUCAUCACUUCACGACUGCCAGUUGCCCAUGGGCGAAUGGCACAGUAGAGGCUGUGAUGUGCCAGUGUCUGUGUCUAGUCCGGGCAUGUCUGAGCGAGUGGAGCAUGGCGCCCGAUCAGUGGCCCGAGGCACCUCAUCAUCAUGCUCGUGCUCAACCAGCUGCCGUCCCCAUCUCUCGGCGGUAUGCCCCCCGUGGCGCCAUGUCUGGCCGUCUGGCAAUGUCGCCGGCUGACACGAUGGCGUUGCCGGGUCAGAUCAUGUCGGCCACGCUGGCCGAGGUGGAAGAAGGUCAACGCGAGAACAUUGCCGCGGCCCAGCUGGAGCUGGAAGAAAUGCACAAACUGAUGUCGGUAGAAAACGCAUGGAAGGGCGACCGCUGGCGGCAGUACCACGAAAAGAAGAAGGGGAUGCAGAUGACCCAGUUCAUAGUGGGGGACUAUGUCCUCUACCAGGACAAGUUACGGACCAAGUGGUGCGGCCCGGCUGUCGUCACCGAGGUGACGAGCAACUGGGUGUACGCCGUCGAGAACCUGCUGACUCACGAGGUGACUUACGAGGUCCGCCCCGUGCACGGCAGCCGCCUGAAGUUCUACGCGGACGGUGACUUGGACGUGACGUCCGAGCUGCUAGCCCACGUCGCCCAGAACUCAGAAUGGGGACCUCUUACGACCACCGACGCCAAGCAGCGGAGGAUGGGGGCCCAACUUCAACUCCAGUGGACCUUCAUUAGUGUCAGUUGGGUGAAGAAGCGGGAGACAUAUGUGGACAAGCUACGGGCGAAUGCGCAACGCAUGGGUGUCGUCGAGUGGCGACGGAGUGCUGUGGGGUGGAUCCCUUCCACUGACUGCAGCCUCCUGAAGGCUACAUGCACCUAUGUUUGGCGAGUGCCUGUGGAACAACUCAGUGAGGACGACUACCACGACCGCAUCAUGGAAAUCGUCGGACAACCAGAGACCAAGUGGACACCCACCAAGUCAGACAUGCAAACAUACUGUCGGGCGCUGAGUGUCGACCCCCAUGGAGACGUGACCAGUCGCUUGGUGUCAUUUAUGGAGCGGGUUGAUGACGUCAUCGACGAAAACGGCUUACGUCAGCAACUCAAAGACUCAACCAUGCUGAGAACGUUCGUGAAGGUGGUAGCAGCGCGUGUCACACCCAGCUACCUACGCGACAGAGUCGAAGAGCAAAUGAAGACCGUGCCAGCGAACGAUCUGGUGGCCUUUGCGGAUAUCCUACGGGAACAGCUCGACCGAACGCAUGACGCGGACAUGGUCAACCAACAAAGAAACAGCUAUGGUUCGAAGCGUGACCUUGAAGAAGAUGACCAAGGGCGCCGCAUCACGAAACAUGCGAAGAAGGCCAACCAAGCUGUUCGAGAUCAGCGGGAAUUACGAGAAAAUUACCCAUGUCCACCAGGUGGAUACAUCAAGCCGGAACGAAGUGCGGCGGUGUGGUCCCCGUCGACACAAAAGCGAACGGGGGACCCACCAGCCACAAAGUACGGACCGCAAGCGAACUCGCGCCCAAGACACGACGACCGCCAUGUCCAAGCGGUGCGUGAUGAAGCACGCCCUCGAUUCGCACCCGGCUGGGAUGACCGUGGUAUGCUGUGCUUUGUCUGCCAGCAGCCAGGACAUAUGGCCCGGGAAUGUCCCAACAAAAAAGACGGGGAUAGCGGCUAUACAAGCUGGGAGAAGGGCAAGAACGCCGUCAAGCGGUUCAAGGCGCGGGAACGCAAAGCGAAUAUGCAAGCGAAGCGAAUGAAGAAACCCCCACCGCCCAGCAAGGAGGAUGAUGGACGUUGGGUACGGCUGAACAGUGUGCUGGAAGUUCCAUACUGCCCGGACACCGGCGCAGACCAAAACAUUGUGCCACAAGCCAUGGUGGAUGAACUUCAAGCGUUACAGCCACAACUUCAAGUUGUCAAAUUGGCAGCGCCAUUUGUGGGAACAGCAUACAAUCAGAUGCCAUUGGAAGCGAGCUCCUACGUGGACCUUACGCUAACAAUGAAGACGGCCGCUGGACCAGUCAAGGUGCCAGGCAAGCGCCGCUGCUAUGUGGUCAACGACGGAGAUGAAUUCCUCGUCUCGGACGACACCCUCAAGACCAUUGGUAUCGACAUCGACCGCCUGCUGGAACAGGUGGCGCGCCUGCAAGUGGAUGCCGAUGCAAAGGAAGGAAGCAAACCUCCUGGAGGAGAGAGCAACCAGCAAAGUGCAUGGUGCAGCCCGGUGAACCCAUUUCUCAAACCAGAUGGGCGCAAGUCAUUGAAGUCGACCGACAAAUGGAGCGACUAUGACGUGCUCAAGAACUAUCGGCUAACCAACGACUACGGAGUAGUCAACUCGCUAACCGAGCCGAAAGCAGGGACGAUGCCGUUCCAGGCUACCAUCCUCCAGAACCUACGAGGCAAGAAAGCGAUGGGUGUGUUUGACCUGCCCAAGUGCUUUUGGCAGUUUCCACUACACCCAGACAGCUGGGACAUGUUGUCGUUCAUGCUGAACGGAUGUGUGUACACCCCGGAUCGAGUGAUGCAAGGCCAUGUGGACAGUGCCCUCUACGUGCAAUCAACGAACGAGGAGUGCUACAAAGACCUGCUCUACAAGAACAUGCUGAUCUGGAUCGACGACAUCUUUGUGUACGCCGACACAGUGGAAGAGUAUGUGGAUGCCCUCGGGUCGUUCUUCGAUCGAGUGGCCCAGGAAUUGCAGCAGUUUGUGUGCGCCGUGAACUGGCUGCGGGACUCGAUGACAGAGUACGCACAGACCGUCGACCCACUGCAGCAGUGUCUGACGAAGGCCCUCGAAGGCAAGGGCAAGAAGAAGCGAAUCGCGUCUAGUGUUCAGUUGGAACCGACCGACGGCGAGAAGCUAGCGUUUGACGCCGUGAAGUCCAAGCUACGAUCAUCGGUGGAACUGUCUCACCCGCGGGAUGACGCCAUGAUGUGUCUGUUUACGGACGUGAGCGAUCAUGGAUGGUCGAUUGUGUCGGGGAUAUUUGCGGGCGCCCAGAAGGCCUGGUCAGUCAUCGAAAAGGAGGCCUACCCUAUUGCGCGUGCGUGCGAGAAGCUCAAUUACAUGCUUAUGCGACCUACGGGGUUCAAGAUGUACUGUGACCACAAGAAUCUCAUCCAUGUAUUUGCCCCGGGCGAAGAAUGGAAGGCGCACACACGCGGCAAACUCAUGCGAUGA